AUGUCGCGGUUCCAGGGUAAGGUGGCCCUGGUCACAGGGGCAGCCUCGGGCAUUGGUGAGGCCAUCGCCAAAAGACUGGCCAAGGACGGCGCAACAGUCAUCGCGGCAGAUAUCACAUCGGAGAAAGAGGGAUUUACAAAGACCAUAGGCGCCGACGUGUCGUAUUAUCAAGUCGACGUGACUGACGAGAAAGCUGUGCACGGGUUGGAAGGCUGGAUCCGCCUCACAUACGGCGGGCUGGACAUUCUCGCCAACAACGCCGGGAUAGGCGGCCCUAGUGGACUAGUGCAUGAAUAUCCCAUAGCCGCCUUCGAGCAGAUCUUCAACGUCAAUGUUCGGGGCGCUUUCAUGGUCUUACAAGCUGGAAUCCGUCUCAUGCUGGAGAGUGGUGGUGGCGCCGUGGUCAACACGGCGUCGUUGGCAGGGUUUCGCGGGUUUCCCAAUGCCAGCCCUUACCACGCGUCCAAGGGCGCCAUGGUCAUGCUCACUCGCACGGCCGCCAUCGAGUACGCCACAAAGAGCAUUCGAGUGAAUGCGGUAGGGCCCGGUCUCAUCGCGACGCCCUUGGUGCAACAAUUGGACAAUGCAGAAGUGGCAUUACAGCAAUUGACUGCACAGAUUCCGCAGGGGAGGCCUGGUCAGGCUCCCGAAGUCGCCAAUGUAGUGGCCUUUCUCGCCGACGACAACGAAGCGUCGCAUGUUACAGGUCAGAUCUGGUGCAUCGAUGGUGGCCGGUCGGCGACAUGA